AUGGACAUGAGUGCAGGAGAUUUUCUUGCUCUAUUUUACCUCCUAAAAGUGCCUGUUCAAGUAAUCGACCUUAAGGCAAUCAUCGUGAGUCCUACUGGAUGGACUAAUGCAGCAACAAUAGAUUCCAUCUAUGACUUACUGCACAUGAUGGGUCGUGACGAUAUCCCAGUUGGUCUUGGAGAUGUUUUUGCAAUAGAUCAACCAGAUCCAGUAUUUGAAGCUGUUGGAGAAUGCAAGUAUAUAAAAGCCAUUCCCCAUGGAAAUGGGGGAUUACUGGACUCUGAUACUCUUUAUGGUCUUGCUCGUGAUCUGCCACGCAGCCCACGAAGGUAUACAACUGAGAAUUCUGUGAAGUUUGGGGCUCCCCGGGAUACAGAUCACCCUGAACUCAGACAACCACUGGCCAUGGAAGUUUGGGAGUCUAUAUUACAAAAAACUAAUCCAGGGUCUAAGAUUACAGUGCUGACUAAUGGACCCUUGACUAACCUGGCAAAGGUUGUAUCGAUGAAAAACAUAAGCUCAAGAAUUCAGGAUGUAUAUGUCGUUGGUGGACACAUUAGCAGCACUGUUAAAGACAAAGGAAAUAUAUUUUCAGUUCCUUCCAACCAAUAUGCUGAGUUCAACAUGUUCUUGGAUCCUUUAGCAGCCAGGAUAGUGUUUGAAUCAGAAGUUAAUGUCACACUCAUUCCACUCAAUACCCAGCGCAAAUCAAGUUCGUUUUCAGCCUUUAUCGGCGAGUUGCGUAGGACACGAAGAACACCAGAGGCUGUGUUUUCCGAACGUCUGCUGUCACGGCUAUACCAUUUAAAGCAAUCUCAUAGCAUGUAUCAGCAUAUGGGCACGUUCUUGGGAGAAAUUCUAGGCGCAGUUGUCUUGGGUGAUAGCUAUUCAGGUCUUGAUCCAAAAUUUGAGGAGAAGCUCAUUAAAGUCUUGGCUGAUGGUAAUGAAUGGAGUGAUGGAAAAGUUGUGGUGGAUGAAAAAGAUGGAAAAUUAGUGAGAAUUUUAACGACUGUGGAUGCCAAAGCUUACUAUAAAUUGUAUGCAAACAAGCUUGGCCAUGAGGAACAGUCAGCUAAGAUAGGGAGUUUUGAGGAACAACGGAGAAGAUGGAGUCAUCCUCAGUUUAAAUUAGAGAUCAUUACUUCACUGUUUACUAAGUGAAUUUUAAACAUAACUUCAUCUCAAUAAUUAAGGUGAAAACUUAAACAAAUUUCAAUCUAGUUUUUACAUCAA